UCAGGUGGCUGCUGUCCAGCCGCGAAGCAACAACAAGUCCCGAGGAAACGGGAAGGCGAAAUCCGCAUCGCCGGCCGGAAACGGACAGCCAGCACCAUGGGUCAAGUUUCACUUGACCGAGGCCGAGUACAAGUACCGCGGUCAUUACAGCUGCUGCUAUUGGUGCAACAGCACCAAGCACAAGACCUCCCUUUGCCAGGAUCAGGCCAAGGAGGAUGUUCGACCUCGCAUCAACUCGGGAAACUGAGUUGCGCGGGAGGUGAGACGACUCCAGCUCUCACUCCGCCAGAUUCGGCCGCCUUGCUAGCGGCCUCCUACACAUCUGGGAAGGAUGCGAAUGUCGUAAGUUCUCGGUACACUUACGAGAACUAUGCUGUCCACUUGGUCCCACCGUUGGACCAACUGCUCCACGUGCAACAAUCUACCGCAUGCACGGUUUCAUCACCAUCGGCAACCGAUUUGGCAGCUUCGCCGUCAUCUAUCGCCGGGGAUUCAACGUCGUGGUCAAGACUUGAAGAGCUCGACCCGUUGACGUUCACGGACUUCCAGUGGAUGCCCGUUCCCCCGACCGGUCGAUUGUCGAAACCGCAUUGCAACGUGCUCAUGGCACAAUUGCGGGAUUACUUACCGACUCCGUUGAUGGACGCCGGAGUAGAGGUUGUCGACCUUCACACCUAUAUUGCGAAGAUCGACCGCGAGUUUAAGACAACGAAAGGCUGGAUUCGGCCUAGCUCAUCGCCAUACGGUGCUCCUGUUCUCUUCGUCCGGAAGAAGAACAAGGAUUUGCGGUUGUGCAUCGAUUAUCGCAAGCUCAAUGCGCAAACGAUCAGAAACGCUGGCCCUCUCCCACACAUCGACGACCUUCUCGAACGACUGGGCGGCACCAAGUUCUUCUCCAAGCUCGACCUCAAGUCGGGAUAUCACCAACUCGAGAUUCGGCAGGAGGACCGCUACAAGACCGCGUUUAAGACGCGAUACGGGCAUUUCGAAUGGCUGGUUAUGGCAUUUGGCCUUACGAAUGCCCCGGCCGCUUUCCAAGCGGCUAUGACAAUGGAGUUCCGAUACAUGUUGGAUCGAUAUGUACUUAUCUACCUCGACGACAUCCUGGUGUACAGCCGGAGUUUGGAUGAGCAUGUGGAACACAUGCGCACCGUUUUGGAGCGGCUACGACAAGCCAAGUACAAAGCCAACCGCGACAAGUGCGAAUUCGCGCGGCAGGAGCUGGAGUACUUGGGACAUUAUGUGACGCCGCAAGGCAUCCGUCCGCUUGCGGACAAGAUCGAGGCCCUACGAGUAUGGCCCGAGCCCACCAACACCACGGACGUUCGUUCAUUCAUGGGAUUGGCGGGCUACUAUCAGGAAUUCAUCACCGGAUACUCAAGGAUUGUUGCACCUCUGACGAGGUUACAAUCGCCAAAGGUGCCAUUCGUAUUCGAUGACGACGCACGCCGGUCAUUCCAAGCACUCAAGACGGCGAUGGUUAUGGCACCCGUCCUCAGCAUCUAUGACCCCAUCCUGCCGAUGAGAGUGACAGCUGACGCUUCCGGCUAUGGCAUUGGGGCAGUCUUGGAACAACACGACGGCGACGACUGGCACCCUGUGAAGUAUUUCAGCCACAAAGUGCCUCCCGUCAACUCGCUUGAUGAUGCAAGGAAGAAGGAGUUGCUCGCGUUCGUGAUGGCUCUCAAGCGAUGGCGGCACUUCCUCCUUGGGCGUCGUAGGUUCACAUGGAUCACGGACAACAACCCAUUGACCUACUACAAGACGCAGGAGACGGUGAGCAGCACGAUCGGACGAUGGAUGUACUUCAUCGACCAAUUUGACUUCACACCGAAACAUCUUCCCGGCCUCUCCAAUCGCGCACCAGAUGCACUCUCACGAAGACCUGAUCUUUGCGCUAUGACACAUCAUGCCUUCGCAUUCGACGAGGAACUUCAGCGACACUUCAUCCGGGGAUAUGAGUCAGAUCCGGACUUCGCCACGUUGUAUGCGCAGUUAUCCUCGGAUCACCCGCCGGCCAGCCACUAUCGCAUUGCCGACGGGUACUUGCUCCUUCAGUUGAGAGGCAAGGACUUAUUGUGUGUCCCACGAGACUGUCGUCUUCGGACUCGCCUUCUCGGGGAGUACCAUGACUCGCGACUCGCCGGCCAUUUCGGAGUCAACCGCACUAUUGCACGACUUCAACAACGAUUCCGAUGGCCCGACCUCAUUACGGAUGUCACUYGGUAUUGCGACUCUUGCGAAGUUUGCCGACGCAGCAAGCCCCGCAACCGCAAUCCCUAUGGCAAGUUACGCCCGAUGCUUAUCCCACAGGAACCCGGUCUCUCCAUUGCCAUGGACGUCACCGGUCCGUUCCCUUGCGACCGGCUCGGGCACGACGGCAUCCUCACGGUUGUGGACCGUUUGAGUAAGUAUGCGCGUUUUCUUCCUUGCAAGUACUACUCCACGGCUCCCGAGCUGGCACGCCUUUUGCACACCGGUUGGAUUUGUGGCCCCGGUGUACCGAAAGACAUAGUCAGCGACCGCGACACUCGCUUCAUGUUGGCAUUUUGGACUGCUCUCAUGCAGGAAUCCGGCACGAAGAUGAAACCAAGUUCGGCUCGGCAUCCACAGACGGACGGGCAAACGGAGCGGGCACAUCAAACCGCUCAAAUGAUGCUUCGUACGCUCAUCCGUCCGGACCAGAAAGAUUGGGUUGACCGCCUCCCCGACAUCGAGUUCGCCUACAACACUUCGGUGCACCCGGCGAUCGGCGUGACUCCAUUCGAGUUGCACCACAGUGGCCGGAAAGGCCGUAUCUUCGCUGACCUUCUCCAGCCACGACUAGCCGACAUCGACACUGCUUGCUCUCCCGCUUUCGUCCGGAAGUACAGGGAAUUGCUGGCUCAAGCCCGCGCAAAUAUGCAAAAGGCUCAAGUCCGCAUGCAACAGCAGGCCAACAGGCACCGCAUGCCAUGUCCCAUCCGUGCCGGCGAUCUAGUUUGGGUCUCCGCGGAAGAAUUUGCAUUGGAACAGGAUGUCUCACGCAAACUUCCCAAGUGGUUUGGACCAUGGCCCGUAACAUCAGCCGCGGGCGAUGAGCCCGAUGGCCCUUCAUUUGUGAUCAACAUUCCCCCGCAUCUGACGGUCCAUCCAGUCUUUCACGCCUUGAAGCUGGCAACAUACACGCCAGCUAAGAGCGACGACUUUCCGGGCCGACGAUCGCAGGACCCUCCUUCUAUGGAUGGUCAUCAGGAAGUUGACCGCGUCAUCACCGAUUGCAAGUACGGCAGCAAGCCGCGACAGUACAAAGUUACAUUUAAAGCAUGCGAUCGCGAUGACACUCAAUGGAUUUCAGGAGCAGAUUUGAAAGCAUCCGCACCGCUGAUCUACGCGCAUUAUGAGAAGCAAAGGUUAGCUCAGGAAGCUUCACGACCAGCCCCUCCCACCCGGACUGUGGUCCCUCCCUCARACAGACAGCUUCGCCCUCGCAGGUAAGCUCGGUCUUUCAAGGAAGGGGGGGGGUGGCAUACUGCGUAGCCACACGGGCCUGCAGGGCCCGUCCCGCACUUUCAGCCUAAAAGCCUAGAAAAUAGGGCUU